UGUUAGAGAUUUCUUCCAUUGCUUUGAAAAUGGACAUUGGUUGGUCAACUUUAAGGCACAAAUAUUGGCAGAUGUAUGGCUUUCAUUAUAUCUUCUUUAUAAUGUUAAUUACCUGCUUAUACAUAAAUGUUUGUAUAUUUUCUCCCAGAUAAGAGGGAGGCUACAUUCAAGUCUGCCUGGAAGAAAGCACUAUUACGUGCUGAUUGGAAGAAAGAAGGAUUCAAAGCUGUAAAUGUGACUUUGAAUGCAGCCAGUGCUCAUCCUACCCUCCUGCUGUCUGAAGAUGGGAAACAAGUAACCAGGCAACAAACUUGUCAGGAUCUACCCAGCUUCACACAGAGAUUCGUCAGCCUUCCAUGUGCGCUUGGUCAGCAGGACAUCAGUUCAGGGAGAUUCUACUGGGAGGUGGAAGUUGGGGACAAGCCUUCCUGGGACCUAGGAAUUUGUAGGUAUAAUGUAAAAAAGAAGGGGAGGGUCACUAUGUCCCCACAGAAUGGUUUCUGGGCCAUCAGGCUCUGUGAUGGGGAAUACUGGGCUCUCACCUCCCCAGAAACUCUUCUUACUCUAAGGGAAAGACCCCUUCGUGUGGGGAUAUUCCUGGAUUAUGAGGCUGGAGAUGUAUCUUUCUGUAACAUGACAGAUGGGUCCCAUAUUUUCACCUUUCCACAGGUCACAUUUAAUGGUGUCCUAAGACCACUUUUUGGACUUUGGUCCUCUGGCUCAGGCCCCUUGACCAUAGUCCAUGUGGAGGAGAAGAUGUGAUGUAAUUCAUAUGCCUACCCUUCCCUGAGUAAUGAUGACAUUGGGCACCAAAGAUGAUCACAAUUCUCCCCACCAGCCAUAAAUUGAUUUUUUCUACUUUACUGAUUCCUUUUCAAGAUGAAGCUCUGGCACACAGACUAAUAGUUGCUCCUCACGUCAAUCUUUCCUUCUUCCUUAGUUAUAGACUCUCAUUACUAUGCCCUAUGACAGCCUCACAUAAAAAUUAUAUUGUUUAGCUUCCCCUGCUGAAUGUGG